AUGGCUGCGGAUUACAACAUAACUGCUCCAGGUUUCUUUGGCUUAGAUGAAGUGGCUGAGAUUCUCGAGUCGCCAUUUGGGAAUGACCCCAAUGACCUCGACCUGCGUGAAUAUUGUGACGCUCUGAUGUCGGACAUGGAACUCAUAUGCCAGUGUCGGGAGUUGAAGCUGGACUUCGUUCUGAAAGAGAACGAAAAGGUAGACUUCUCGCAUCUGCUGGCGAACUUUGACAAGCAGAAGCAGUUUCAUCAGCACUUCAAACGACUCCUCAGUCUCAACUCA